CGUGUGGCUCGUCUACUCCUAUAUAGCAUGGCCGCCUCGCUGCUCCACUCUCCUCCACAAGCAAAACCACAGCCAAAAGACGAUCGAGGUUACACAACCAAGGCGCUGCACACAGUUUGUCCGAGAGGGACAGAGUGAGAUGAUGAAGGUGGAGGUGGUGGAGUCGGCGCUGGUGGCGCCGAGCGAGGAGACGCCGCGGCGGGAGCUGUGGCUCUCCAACCUCGACCUGGCCGUGCCCAAGACGCACACGCCGCUCGUCUACUACUACCCGGCCCCGGCCCCGGCCACGGCGGCGCCGGACGCGGACCCUGCCGGCUUCUUCUCGCCGGAGCGGCUCAGGGCGGCGCUGGCCAGGGCGCUGGUGCUCUUCUACCCGCUGGCCGGCCGGCUCGGACGAGAGGGCGAGGGCGGGCGGCUGCAGAUCGACUGCAGCGGCGAGGGCGCGCUCUUUGUCGUGGCCAGGGCGCCGGACGUCGCCGGGGACGAGCUCUUCGGGAGCGGCUACGAGCCCUCGCCGGAGAUCAGGCGCAUGUUCGUGCCCUUCGCGCCCUCCGGCGACCCGCCCUGCCUCAUGGCCAUGUUCCAGGUGACGUUCCUCAAGUGCGGCGGCGUGGUGCUGGGCACGGGCAUCCACCACGUGACCAUGGACGGCAUGGGCGCGUUCCACUUCAUCCAGACAUGGACGGGGCUCGCGCGGGGCCUGGCCCUCUCCGAGGCGUGCCCGUCGCCGCCGUUCCACGACCGCACGCUCCUCCGCGCGCGGUCACCGCCGCGCCCCGAAUUCGACCACCCGGUGUACUCGCCGGAGUACCUCAACGGCGCCCCGCGGCCCUUCGUCACCCGCGUCUACUCCGUGUCCCCGAAGCUCCUCGCCGACCUCAAGUCCCGGUGCGCGCCCGGCGCGUCCACCUACGGCGCCGUGACGGCGCACCUCUGGCGCUGCAUGUGCGUGGCGCGCGGGCUCGCGGCGGGCUCCGACACGCGCCUCCGCGUGCCGGCCAACAUCCGGCACCGGCUGCGGCCGCCGCUCCCGCGGCAGUUCUUCGGCAACGCCAUCGUGCGCGACCUGGUGACCGUCAAGGUGGGCGACGUGCUGGCGCAGCCGCUGGGGUACGUGGCCGACACGAUCCGGAAGGCGGUGGAGCACGUCGACGACGCCUACACCCGGUCGGUGAUGGACUACCUGGAGGUGGAGUCGGAGAAGGGCAGCCAGGCGGCGCGCGGGCAGCUCAUGCCGGAGUCGGACCUGUGGGUGGUGAGCUGGCUGGGGAUGCCCAUGUACGACGCCGACUUCGGAUGGGGCGCGCCGCGGUUCGUGGCGCCGGCGCAGAUGUUCGGCAGCGGCACGGCGUACGUGACGCAGCGCGGCGCCGACAGGGACGACGGCAUCGCCGUGCUGUUCGCGCUGGAGCCCCAGUACCUGCACUGCUUCCAGGACGUCUUCUACGGGGAGUGACCACAUCGCCUUCCCUCCUUCCUCGUGUGUCCGUCGGUGUGUAUGACUCUGUCGAUUUUAUAGCGUUUGCUCUUCACUACCACUCUUGCUGAUACUUGGCACGAGAUGUUCAGUUUGUUGUAGUAUAGUAUACCAAGAACUGGUUUCAAAAUUUGGCAUUACAGUGCAUCUGCCGUUCGUCGA